CCCGCCGCGACCGCGAUGGAGGCACCCGGUUCAGGUUCAGGAGCAGCAGAAGCGGUGGAGGACGACCGCAUCCAAGAAACGGCCCAUGGGGGCUCCAACUCCAACGCCUCUUCCAAUGGGGGUGGGGCCCCGAGCGCUGCUGCGCCGCCACCUCCCCGCGCGACGCCCUUCCACCUCGAGCAGGCCGGAAGCGGCGCCGAUGGGUCGAGCCCCGCCACGGCGGUGGACCCCCGGAAGGGCAAGGAUCCGCUGCUGCCCAGGGACAUUCCUCCUCCUCCGAGCCCCGCGGGCAGCAGCUCCUCCACCCGCUCCCGCGACUACGCCGCGGCAUUCAGAGACGGGGUCGGGGAGUCGAGCAAGGCGGGCGCCAGGAGGGCGCGGGUGAGGUGGAGCCACCCCGUGGUGGCGGAGACGAGGGAGGUGCCCAACGCGGCGGCGCAUCCGUUGGACCCCAACACGGUGUUCGAGCAGAUGGCGAUCCAGCAGGCGGCCGACGAGGAGGCGAACAGGCGACGGGAACAUCAGGCGAGGGCCUCUGCGACGUGCUCUUGUUGUUUCUUGGACUUCUUGGAGUCUCUGUCUCUGCAAGUUUGGAGUGCGUUCUUGAGCAUUUCUUGGUUUCCCGCUGAGCAGUACAACUCGGAAGAGGCCAUGUAUAGGAAGGAACAGGAGAAACUAUCACAAGUACAGGUUGGGGUAAAGGUGAGACCCAAGCAGGACAAACUACCGCACGUACAGGGGAAAUCGUUCUGGAGUCGGUUCAAGAACAAGGAGAAACUACGACAAGUCAAGGUGAGACCCAGGUCUGAAAAGGGGAAAUCGCCCUGGAGUUGGCUCAAGAACAAGAUUUUUUGUAGAGAAGGAAGGCAGAUAUGUCCGGAACAUGUGCAGCACCAGACACAACCCAUCACCGAAGUAAUGAAUCGUUAUACGGUUUGUUCUAAUGGGAUGAACAGUCUUAAUGCCUAUUCGGAAUUUAGACCGGUGAUUGGAGAUGGGGAGUGUUUCUACAGGAGCUUCAUAUUUUCCUACCUAGAGCAAGUUCUUGAUAGGCCAGACACAGAUGAGGAACGCCGUCUCCUUGAUGUUGUUGAAAAAGCGUCUGCGCGACAUGCAGAUCUUGGAUGGAACUCUAAGUUUUCCAGGAGCAGCAGAGCAUUUAAGAAGCUGCUUGAGAAAGUAAUGAGAUGGAAGAAGAUGGAAUCAACUAGCAGUUGCCGUAAAGAGGAACUUCUCAAGUUCUUCAGCACGUAUGAUAAGACGCUAGACAUUUUUGCUUUCCUCAGAUUACUAGUAGCUAUCCAGAUAUGCUCGCACAGCGAGGAGUAUGUACCGCAUAUACCAGUGGUCGCUAGUGGAGACUGCAGUCUGGAAGUUUGGUGCUUUCGGCGUGUCACUCCAGCUGGUGUGGAGUCGGAGUAUCUUAUGAUGAGGGCCUUGGCCAGCGCGCUUGAGGUAAUCCUCAUAGUGGAAACAUUCCAAGAACGAUAUACUCAAGAUAUCUACACUGAUCCUGGAGUUCCCCGUCCGGCUGUGACCCUGCUGUACAAUGGUAAUCACUACGACAUCAUCUACCCAUGCGCAACAUCUUCUGGGAGUUCAAGUCAUCAGGCUUCCUAGAUAGAACAUCCUGGUGAUCAGAGUUCAAGUCAUCAGGCUUCCCAGAGAGAACAUCCUGGUGAUCAGAGUUCAAUUCAACAGACUUCCUAGAGAGAAGAUCCUGCUAAUCAGAGUUCAAGUCAACAGAUUCCACCGGAUUAAAGUUGAGUUGGCCUGCUGCCGUUGAAUGAGAGUGUUGCUGAGUUUAGUGGUAGAGUAGAUGCACCGAUGAAGUUGGGGUAGGCAUAGCAUAUACUUGUGCAUUCUUCUUCUGUUGGCUGGUAUACGAGUGAAUGUUCUGUGACCGCAUUCAAACUUAAUUGUGUUUUCAAAAUUUGAACAUGGGCAUGAUAUCGGUUGAUCUUUUUUGUAUGUUGUGGAAGACACAAAUAUUGCACUUGUUUGGACA